UCCAAGGGCGUCUACGAGAAGGUGGGGGAGGCGACGGAGACGGCCCUCACCUGCCUGGUGGAGAAGAUGAACGUCUUCAACACCGACGUCCGCAGCCUCUCCAAGGUGGAGAGGGCCAACGCCUGCAACUCCGUCAUCAAGCAGCUGAUGAAGAAGGAGUUCACCCUGGAGUUCUCCCGCGACCGCAAGUCCAUGUCCGUCUACUGCUCCCCGGCCAAGGCCUCCCGCGCCGCCGUGGGCAACAAGAUGUUCGUCAAGGGCGCCCCCGAGGGCGUCAUCGACCGCUGCAACUACGUCCGGGUGGGCACCACGCGGGUGCCGCUGACGCCGGCCGUCAAGGAGAAGAUCUUGGCCAUCAUCAAGGAGUGGGGGACGGGGAGGGACACCCUGCGCUGCCUGGCCCUGGCCACCCGCGACACCCCGCCCAAGAAGGAGGACAUGAUCCUCGAGGACUCCACCAAGUUCGCCGAGUACGAGACGGACCUGACCUUCGUGGGCUGCGUGGGGAUGCUGGACCCGCCCCGGAAGGAGGUGAUGGGCUCCAUCCGCCUCUGCCGAGACGCCGGCAUCCGGGUGAUCAUGAUCACGGGGGACAACAAGGGGACGGCCAUCGCCAUCUGCCGCCGCAUCGGCAUCUUCGGCGAGGAUGGGGAGGUGAGGGGGCGG